GGAAGUCUCUGUUAGCUGCUCUGACUUGACUCUGUAGCUCGAUCCCGUUUUUUCAUGAAGUGCCGCUUUCUGCCCUGAAGUUAGCGGAACCCCGGCGCGUUCGUCGGUCGGCCGGCCGGCUGUCACAUGGCUCAAAAUGGGAGUCGACGGUUCAGUUUACCGGUCAGGAACGUGACACCGGAGCUCAGGUUUUUCGGCUAAAGUAUGGCACAACAACAAAAACAACAACGACGACGACGGAAAAGAGGAACACAAAUCCCGGGACAAAGGUUAACGUGCCGUGUGACUCUCUGGCGCUCGCGGGGAACUUUCACUUCUCCGUUAACUUUCUCGGUCUUCUCCGUGAAACUCCGCUUCUGCGCGAGGCUGACGAAGUUAAAGGAAGUAGUUUAGAGAGUUUCUGGAGUUUGAAGUCGGUAAUUUGUCGUUUUUUGUUUGUCUAAAACUCCGAGCGAAGUUUUUUAUUCCCUGCAGGCUCCGGUUGUUCUUGUUGUUGUUGUAGCGGCGGUGUGAACAGCUGACUGCCGGGCGGAGGGCCGGGCUGCACCUCCGGGACACAGCGAUGUUCUGAUCCUCGGUCUGAAGAUGAUCGGGUCCCCGGACCUGCUGGCCUUCACCGGUUCUGGGGGGUUCGGGCAGGUGGAGGAGGAGCAGGAGGGUCAGGAUCUCCCUGAAGAACUGUCCGUUCCUCUCGUCCCCUUGUCCAACCCCUGGAGCUCCUCAGCCCAGUUCCACAGAGACUUCAUCCUGGUGGCUGAGUUUUCAGAGCAGGUGAGUGUGACUGUGUCUGUGUUUAAGCCCACCUGAACCCGCUGAGAUCACGGUUUAAUAUCAACGAAGACAGUUUUAAACACAUUUAUUUAUUUUUUUAACUUGAUAUUUAGUUUUAUUUUCAUAUUAACACAUAAAUUCAGGACAAAGCAGAAAAAAAGAGAAAGGAAAAAAAAAAGGAUUCAAAUGCAUAGAUAAAUAACACCCAAAGUAAUAAUAAUAUUAAUAACUUUAUUUGUAUAGCAUUUUUUAAAAAACAGAAGUUUACAAAGUGCUUUGACAAUUAGGGCUCUAUUUUGGUGCCCGCCGGCGGUGCGGCGGAGGCUGGCAGAGCCCCGCACAGUGGUAUUUUCAUCUGGUGGAGCCCAGCGUACAGCCAGUUUGAUGUUCUCGUAGACUGAGGUCCGCCAGGCUGAGCGUGGUGGCGCGGUAGGGGGAGGUGUCGACAGAAUCAGCUGGCGCAGUGACAUUUCGUGCUCGCCGGCGGAGUAGAAAGUGCGCUGAAGGUCGUUGAUUCAAACCUAGUCAGCUUUCAGCGCAGGCGAAGCGCAGCUGGUAUAGUGUUAUUUUGGUACACCGGCGGCGUAGUGCACAUACGUCAUCGUUGCCUCACCGGCAGGUUUCCGAUGUUUAAAGGUGAGGGGAGGAGCUUAUCUGAUUGGCGAAAACCAAACCUGAGAGUUGGUUUGAGGAGCAUUUGAAUGAUUUAACUGUCAAUAGUUAUUAUUAGUAAUUAGACGAUGGAUUAAAAUCAGCUGUAAUGUUGCAUCAACUUUUAACAAAUGAGCCAAAAAAAAAAAUCACCUUAAUCCUUCCUAAAAUCACCAAACAAACAAUCAUGUGCAACCUUAUUGGACUCAAUAAUAACUAAAAAAAACUCCAUUUGUAUGCUAAAAAUGUCAUAGUAUAGAAUGAUAAAAAAUAUCAUAGUAUACUAUUUUUUAAAAUUUAAACAGGAUUCAGUGGAAUACAGCUGUCUACUCAUUUACUACAGCAGAAUUUAUAAAAUUAUCAGAAGGUAGUUGUAAUUAAGUUGAUCUGUAACCAUGUUUCUCAUCUUCAGGAAAGUUAAAGUAUUUUUUUAAGAGAGGUAACACUUUCUCAGUUCUCCUUAUGAUACUGGUGAUUCAGAUCUUUACAGGAGGAGAAACUUUGGACAAAAACAACCAAACAAAACAAUUUUAGUUCACAAGAUGAUGAGUCAGACACAGCAGCAGCCUUCAGACAGAAAGAGAGAGAAUGGGAACAUUUACCACAAACGCUGGUGUGUGCAGAGUCAGGAUAAAGUCAGAUGAAACAGUCGGCCUACUUUCUUUUCAGGUUCAGAGUUUUAAAACAAACCUGUGAUCUGUUUUCUCCUGACUUUGACUGAUCUUGGUGUCAGGUCUCAUGUAAACAGAGAUUACAGCGUCAGUGCCAACAUCCCUCCUGGACCGAGAUGAUCAUGAUACAUGAUUGAGUUUCUUAAUGCCUCACAGCGGCCAAGUGACACGUAAGCCAAACAAAUAAAAACAACACGAGGAAGUUUGAACUAAGAUUAGACUGGCAGACCGUACUCUUACUCCCUAUGAGUGGAGAUUACAACACGCCUUAUUUAGAACAUUAGGACUAAAUAAAAUGACGUUUUAUUCUAUAUAUACAGUUUCUACGGAGGAGGGUUAGGGCCACUAGGAAAAAAAAAAGGUUUGAUAUAAUUUUUUAAAUAAUUAUUCUGAGAUUAAAGACAGAAUUCUGUUUUUUUUUUCUCAGAAUAUUAAUUUAAAAAUUAUAUCAAACCUUGUUUUAUUGUUCCAGUGGCCCUAAUCCUCCUCCGUAGUUUCCUCACAUCUGCCUGACGUGAUUACAACAGAUAAAUGAAAUAAACAGUUGCAGUGAGUUUAUUUACAGCAACACAGGAAACACUCUCACCUCUGCACAAAGGUAUUCUUAUUCUCCACAGAUGAGCUAAGAUUUGUGUUGAAUGUUUUUGCUGCUGUGACAUAUCUAAUAUUUUUAAUAUUUGUUUGUAAAGUUCUGAAAAAUGUAUUUUAGUGUUUUCCAAAGCCUUUAUUCACACCCUGAACGGUUGUGUAGUUUAGCAGACAUACUGUCGAUAAGUAAAAAGACCAUUAAACAGAUUAAGAACCAUUUAUUUAAUCAAAGUUGUGAAGGUAAGAACUCAGAUUUUCACUUACAGUAAAAACCAAACCGAGAAAUCGUGACGUUAAAGUUAAAGGAACAGGAACCCUGAAGGCAGCUCUUGUUCCUGAUUCAGUUCUUUAUCAUCGAAUGGAUUUUUAGAUUGAAGCAGCUUUAAUGAAAAGGAGGAACUUGACUUCUUGUCUAAAAUAAAGUCUAUAAAAGGCCGACCUUGUGUCCACACUGUAAACACCAAUCAUGAACGAGUGACAACAGUGACGGGCGUGAAAUACAAAUCCUCCUGCUGAUGGGCGGGUUUGUUUUUUUGACUUUAAGGUACCUGCCCUGAGUGGAAACUUUCCUCUUUCUGUGCAUCUGUGUUGAAUACUUGAUUUUGAUUGGUUGAAAACUGGAGUGACUUUAUGUCCUCCGUUGAGCAUCAGUUCAGAGCAGUAAAUGGAAUUAUGGGUCAAUUUAAAAUGAAAAUAGUUUCCAGGUUGGCCUGAAAGAGUUUGAUUGAAUUAAUUGAAUUAAUUGAAUCAAACAGAGCCGUCUGAUUUUCUUGAUCAAAAUCGACUCUGUUUGAGGAUUAACUCAGUGACAGCCAAUUCUCAGAGGAGCUUAAACGCUCAGAUUUCUGCAGUUAUUAUGUUUUUUUAAUAUUUCCUGGACUGGAUUAACAGGUUUAUGUGAGCUUUAGUCCACUGUUUACUUUGGCGUCUCUCAUCCUUGCCGUCUUUCUCCAGGUGGGACCAAAACCUGUGCUGACGAUCCCAGACGACCCCAGAGCUAUCGGAUCUUUUGACCUCAACCACUUCUCUGUUCGCAUCAUGUCCGUGGACUACCAGGCGUCCGGCCCCGGACACGCACCGCCAGCGUCGCCCGGUCCUCGUCUGAACUUCAGCGAGGACUCCAAAGUGGUUCUGGGAGAUUCUGCGGAGAGUGCGUUCGCGUAUGUUCACCACAUGACCCUGUACGACCUGGAGGCCCGGGGUAUGGUGCGUCCUUUCUGCAUGGCGUACGUGUGCUCGGAUCAGGGGAAACUCAUGGAGAAUUACGGCGAGCUGUCGACGUGCUUCUCUCAGGCGGCUGACAGCCUCAAGACGGGGAACAGACAAGCCUUCUCCAUGGAGCUGCAGAGGAAAUUACAGGAGCUGGAGUAAGAGCAGGAUGUUUUUGAUUUAAGAACUUUAUACACACACACGUAUCGUAUCAGGAAAGAUUUCUGUUCUUACCAGCGGCUACUCAAAUCAGCCGAGCAAAUCCAAUAUUUGUCAGGCUCUGCAUACGAGAUGAUGUGAAACGAGCAGCUCGGACAGGCUCCUCAGGGGAGAAAAACACCUCCUCCCUGCUGUCCGGAUUAUUUUACAGCUGCUUAAGAAAUCAAAGUGAUUUCAGUGAUUUAAAAAAGUUAUUUCUCCUUUUCCUUUAAUAAAAACAGAGAGCUGGUUCAGUCAGUCAGACACUGAAAUCUGUUUGUCACACUUGUACAGUGCCCAGCAUGCAUCAGUACACCCCCCUAUUAAAAUUGAUGUAUUACUCAAUGUCUAGACGAGCAAAAGUACAAUUAACAAAGUUUAACAGAACAUUUUAUCUACCAUAAGAUGGAAUUAAGGCUGAUACGGUCACUAAAAUGUAGCUUUACUCCCAAACUUUGACUGGGGUGUACUCAUUUUUCCAUCCUGAUUUUAAAUAAAAAAAAAAUACUUUUUUUAAGCAACUUAAAAAAAAUCUUGCUUGCAAUCAGUGGUCUACAUUUGGGGGAGUAUUUUGUUUCAUAGUCGGACGUAGAAAAUGUUGAUUUUUGAAAGGAAACUAAAGGUUUUCUGAUAAAUCUGAAGGGUUGUACUUAUUCAUGCUGAGCACUGUACAUCUGCUCCUUUUAAUUUUCCUGUUCUCUAAAUGUUAAAAAGAAGGAAGAGGCAUCUGCUCCUCUUCCUGACGGUGAAGCCAAAAUACUUUCGCCACAGGUCUGCAAACUAAAAACCUUCAAAUUACCGAUCAAACAGCAAAAACCAGUCGACAGAGUAACAGAGUCUUAUCUCUUUAUUUAGUCUGUACUCUGCUAAAGAAGUGCAGCUGGAGCUGUCGGACAGGAUGUGUCAGCGUCGAAUAAAAACUCGGAUCAGUAAAAUGUUCAUGUUUUCAUAAAUCGGCUUUAAAAGACCAAAUGAAAAAAACAGAAGCAGUUUAAGAGAAGAAAUUUUGAUUUCAUAGUUUGACCGGGCUGAUGUCCAUGAUCAUUGAAAAUAUCAGAAAACAACCAAUCAGAAUCAAGUGUCAGUUACAGUAAUACAAUAACACCACCUCUUCAACAGACCGUGUAAACGUGCUCAGACUCAGACUCAGACUCAAUCAGGAGAAUUUUGAAACAGCUCGGUGAAAAUGAAACUUUAAUCAUUCUUAAUCAUCGAGACUUUGUGUCCCAUUUCCAGUUGAACCCAAUAAAACCAGUUCAGAAGAUCGUUCCAGACUGACCUCUCCACCUUCGUUCAGCUCAGACUGGAUCCAUGGCGGCCCGUACAAACGCCGCUAAGAUGUCUGUAGAAAGUCAAAACGACUGUUUAAAAAAAAAAAAAAAAAAACACAUUCAGAUCUUUAUUUUUGUUUCUGUUGUGAAGGUGGUCGAUGCAGUCAGUCGUACUCUAUGUGUGGACCAUUGCUCAGAUAAGAGGCUGAUGAAAUGUGUAAAUGUGUGUUACAGCAACAAUAAUCUGGUGGAGAAACAAUAAUCAGAAAAGCUGACGGCAGUAUUAUAAUCUGUUAUUAUGGUGCAAAGUUAAAAAUUGUAAUUAGAAACAGAAAAUUACAGAUCACAGACUUUCUCUGAGCUCAAAUAGACGAUUGGAGAAUUCUGGUUUUGAUCGGACCGAAAUGUAAAAAAUUGACGAAACAGUGAAAAUCAGCUAAACGCAAAUGUUCUCAGAAACUGAAUCUCAGAAACUGAAGCUCGGGUAUGUUUCCUUUAGAGGCCUCAUGUUGUCAGGAUUUAUAUUGAUUAUUACAGCAGCAGGGCUCCAACCUCAUCGAUCAAUACUCUGAGAUUUAUUUUGUUUUAUUCGCAGAAAUCUUGAAAAGUUUGAGCUCAGUUCUGUGGCAGCAGCGAUCGUGAAUACAGACACAUAUCAAGAGUAAAAUCAGAGCAGUUUGAGGGAAGUAGCCUGCCUGGUCUAGCUCUAAGGUGUGGACCAUUGCUCAGAUAAGAGGCUGAUGAAAUGUGUAAAUGUGUGUUACAGCAACAAUAAUCUGGUGGAGAAAGAAUAAUCAGAAAAGCUGAUGGCAGUAUUAUAAUCUGUUAUUGUGGUGCAAAGUUAAAAAUUGUAAUCAGAAACAGAAAAUUACAGAUCACAGACUUUCUCUGAGCUCAAAUAGACGAUUGGAGAAUUCUGGUUUUGAUUCGACAUCCACACGGAGAUGAAAUGGUCGUUGUUUACAGAUUUAUUCACUCUCUGACCCGUUUUUAAAAAGUACCGUUUACAGUCACCUGAAACGCCGAUACGACAAAAAACUUUAGCGUUUCCUCCUGAAUUAGUUUCCGUGGUGACGGGUUGAUACCGCCUUCAGACAGACUUUACAGCGGGGAGUGGUUUACUCUUCAUCUGAAACUGUGAAGUCGUACCAAUUCAACACGACUGACUCGCUCUUGUCCUAUUUAACCACGAAAUUAUCACCUUCUUUAGCAAACGCCAUGUUUGUUUACACUGGUGUGUGUGGGAACUGGGGAGCCUACGGUGGCCUGGAGGGGCGAGACAUGAUAGAGAGGAAAAUCGAUUUGAGGAUUUAAAAUUUUUAAUCAAAUAAUCUGAUUACUAUUUGAAACCGAUUUAUCGUACAGCACUAACUGCAUGUGAUCCCGACUGUCCUGCUCAUAUUAACGUGACCCCUCGUGUCCUCCCUUCUGAUUGGUCCACACAGUCGUCCUUUUUUUCGUGUCUGCAGGACUGUUUCAUGCUGACUGACUCUUUCCGGCUGUUUCAGGUUCACCCGUCUGACUCUGAUGCAGGAUCCCGCCUGUUCAAAAUCAGCCAAUGGGCAUCAAGAGGAAGAGGAGACGGAGGACGAGCUCGGAGCUGUGGAGCGGUUGAUCUCAAAUCACAGAGACCUCCUCCGCCAGGUGACUUCCUACCCAAACAGGAAGUUAAAACAGCCUGACUUCCUGCCGUAUGACCCGGCUGACUCCCUCACUGAUCUAUCUGCACUGAUGCCCCUCGAACCCUGCCCUCCUUUCACCUUCUUCAGCUCAACCUACUGCAAGUCUGAACGUGAACUCAAGCCUCUGCAGGAGCUCUGUAACUCCUACUUCCUGUCGCUGAUGAAGGAGCAGCUCGCCGACACAGAGCGGCGCCUGCGCGGUGACAGAGGCGCGCUGAGAACCGCUCACCUCACGCGCUCCUUGUCCAGGAAACUGGAGCUGGUCAACUUUCUGUUUGAGCUUUGGAGCCCAGAAGACCGAGAAGAGGAGGAGAGAGAGAGCGCCGAGGCGGAGCAGCAGAGGGAGACGGGGAAGAAGAGCGGCGUGGAGGACUUCCAAUCUGAGCCCAUGAGCCUGGAGUCCUUCUCCUCGUGUGUGGAGGAGAUCUCCAUCAAGCUGGAGGCGGUCGAGACGAAGACCGUGAUCCCUGAUCCUGAUGUUGCCACGGAGAUGGCAGGAAGUGUGAGCAGCGGAGACAGCAUCGAAGUUCUGGGGACUGAGAGGUCUUAUCGAACGCAACAUGUCGUCUCUGGAUCUGACAACAACAGAGGUGAGAAACCGACGGAUGAUAAGAGGUGGAAGCACCGUUACUCUGUGGUUUAAAUUAGGGCUGGGCGAUAAAUCGAAAAUUUACCGAUACUGAAAUUUACGAUAAUAACCGACGUCGUUUUUUGGAGGUGUAGAUUUUCACAGUAAAUGCUCCAGAGGUCGUUUAUGUUCAGUCGAGGUCUGUUGCAAUAAUAACCACAUUUUUAAAGAGAAAAUCUUGAUAUUGUACCAAAAUGAGCUCCUGGUGAUACCGUGAGUCCACAGUCGUGGUCCUUUACUCUGGAAAAUCCAACCUACUGAUCAGUCCUUUUACUCGGUCGUGUUUCUCUGAGAGCUGAUGGAGACAGCAGGACUCGACCUCGACCUCUAUGACUUCACAUGUAAAAGAAACAAAUGAACGUUCUAACUCUGCUAGGGCUGAGCAAUACACUGAAAAUUUACUGAUACUGAAAUUUACAAAAAUACAUUCAACUCUGUAAUUAAGAAGUUCAUUUAGUGAGAAAUCUAGAGUGGGUUCUUUUACUGAGUGACGAUAUUUUACCCAGAAGAUGGCGCUCAAAAAACAAAGGAACCGCCUCCUUUUUUAUAGCAGGCUGCAAACAUAGCAGAGACCGGUCUAGCUGUGCCUCUUUUUCACACUGUUGUGAAACUAUCAGGUAGGGCUGAGCGAUAAGCUGAAAAUUUACUGUUACUGAGACUUAUGACAAUAAUCGACGUCAUUUUGCCCAUAUCAGUAUAUUGGGUGUUUUUGGAUGUGUGUAGGUAGGCUAUGGUCUCAUGUCCCUUUAAGACGCUGUCCUACAUCAGAGACAUGACUCCAGGUGAGAAGAUGGAGGACGGAGAGAAAGUUGUAGCGGCUGAAGUAGACGAAGUUACUGUGGGAGGGGGUGAGCAGCUUAUGGAGUAGUUAUCAUCCAUUUAUCGUUAUCGAGGUGAACUGAUCAAUAAAUCGUGAUAUUGAUUUGAGGACAUAUCGCCAAGCCCUAUUUUUUACUGUUUUAUAUGAAUAUGAAAUAAUAGAGGACACGGACAUCAGGUUAUAAGACCAGUUCACUCCUGUGACCCUCUUCAACAGAAACACCCGUCGGUACGGUCGACACCUCCUACAGGCGAGCUGCAGCAGAUCCAGGCGUCAGACGUGUGCAUGCGUACGCCAGGCGAGCCAACAGCGAGGACAGCAUCGAGGUGCUGAGCACCACCGAGUCCAUCUUUCCCGAAGACCUCACCGCCAUCACAGAGGAGGAGGCGGAGCACCAACCUCUGAGUAACGGCUUUGAGUGUCGGGAAGAUAAAGAGAAGGAGAGUCAAUCUGACGACGUCGUCAAGGCGGAGAAGAAUGUAAAUCCAGAUACGUCAGCGAACGGGGACGAAACCGAAGAGGAGGACGUCGGAGUCGAUGGAGAGGAGUCGUCAAAGCAAACAGCCGUGAACGGGGAGAUUUUGACUCAAGAUGAGCAGGUCAGCGAGUGUUCGAAGAGCGAUCCGAUUCACAAAGACGAGGACCCGGAGACGACACCCAAACCACUUAAAGGUAUUUCCUCUAUUUCAACAUCCGAGCCUGAACAAAACUGUCUGAGCUGAGACGCAGACGUGUCCUAAAACUGUUUUUUCUGUCAUUUGUUGAAGAAGUGGUGGAGUCCAGGUCUCCGUGGUCGGAGGUUCAGCGUAAGUCCCAGCCCGGCCCCAACCUCCACAUGUACUUCUCUCCUCCUGUUGUUACCGGGGAGGUGGAGAUCUGGACCCGACCCGGUCCUCCUGUCAGGCUGCUGAGCGUGGAGGAAGCCUCUGACUGCACCAGCUUCACCGGCUCCUCUGAUCCGCCCUCCCCCACCCAGAAUAUCUACAGCAACAUCCAAUCACACAAGAGAAGAAGAAGGAAGGCGGGGCUCCGAGCUCUCAGGUUCCUCAAACUUAACUCAUUCUCCCAGCAUGCUUUGUUUUGUCUUCUGAGUGGCCGGCCGCUGGUCGUCAUCGGAGGAGACGAGACUCUGGUGAGGAAGAUGGUGGGCGCUCUGAGUCUCUUCCUGCCUGCUCCAGGUCCUGAACGGAGCGCCGUGAUGCCGUGUCUGACCGCCCCGCUCCAGCUGACCGACCUGCUCGUCUGGAGACUGAUAGGGAUACACAGGUACGUCACAGGUGCUGCUUUUAGGGCGGAAUAAGGCAAUAAUUCGGUUUUCUCAAGUGUCAUGUUAACGUACUGACUGAUGAUACAUUGUUGUAAUUUCUUAACUGGUCCGGUUCGCGUUCACAAAGGUCAAACUCAAACGGUCCAAAAAUUGUCACAUGGAAGCAAAAGCCGUUCAGUGAUUAUUUAUCACGACUAAUCCUUUGCAAUUUUUACGGUACAUCAUGGAUUUUUAUGUUGGUGUUGAUCUGGACUGAAUAUCAGCAGACUUUAACAGACCGCGAAUAUGAACGGCUGGGAAGAUUGCGACAAUUAAAUAAUGUAUUAAUACACGCACGUCAUGGGAGACGCUCUGCAAUCGUAAUUCAUAACUCCACGUUUGUCCGCUGACAGACAUUAGCUGCACUUUUCUAACUUUGCCUCUGACCAAAACGAAAUGACGUGUAAAUCGGCGCGCUUCCUGUGAUUGGUGCGGAUUGGGUUCACACUAGGGUGCCCAUACGUCCUCUUUUACCCGGACAUGUCCUCUUUUUUAGGGACUGUCCAGGUUUGUCCGGCCUUGUGUGGGGAAGUUUAUAAAAUCCUUUAAAUGUCCGCGGUUUGGUACGUAAGUUUCGGUUUUGAGUCACAUGGACUUACUGAGUUAGAAGCACGUAAAAGACACUCGAUCCAACCCGAAAAACUCUCAGAAUUAACUUUGCACGUCUCUGUGACUCCGCCACUGUGUAGUCGUGUCCUCUUUUGGGAGUAUAGUCCCCGUAGUUCACACCAGAAGUAAACCGCUCUAGAGUUCACUUGAUAGCGGUCCGAGACCAUCUGUACCAGGCGGACCCGUGAGCGGUUGACUGAUCCACACCAGAGUUUGAGGUAAGGCUGCACGAUAUUGGAAAAAACUAAUAUUGCGAUUUUUUUCAACCCUGCGAUAUAUAUUGCGAUAUUAAAAAUACAGUAUUUUCACCAGAUGACCUGAAUAGCAUUUAAUGUUAUACUGCACAGCUGAAAUCUUGAGGACAGUUAAUCUGCUCUGAUCUUACCUCUUUUUGUGAAUGUUAGUAGAACGGCUUCUGUCUGUCUCAGAGAUAUUUUUAGCUUUUAUUGUGCUGGGACGUUAUUGUGGCAACAGAUGAACACAGAACACGUGUUAUGGUCGACAUCAUCCUUCUUUUAACCGAAAUAAUUCCAGAUAACUGACUUUCCUUUUCUUUUUGGCAACCAAUCUUCAUUUUCGGUGUUUUUCUCUUGUUCGUUGCUCAUUUUGCGAUCGUUGUUGUUGUUGUUGUUGUUGUUGUUGUUGUUGUUGUUGUUGUUAGCGUUGUUGUGCCGAGAAACGCAUGUCCUCCGAGAAUUGCAUGCACCUCGCAAAACGCGCACCGCUCAUAGUAGAGUGGUCCACGGAAAUGUACAAUUUAAAACCCAUACAGUUCUUAUUUGUUGGGCUUAAUAGUCAUGAGUAAAGUUCCGAAAGUAAUUCUCAGCGGACACACGUCUCCCUCCAUGUGCAGAACAUGUGCAGGGGUGGGUUUUCUCCUCCCUGAUUUUGAUUGACAGCUGGCAGGGUAGUCUGAUUGGCAACUGAGUUAAGGACGAAGGUGAUUGGUGGAUCGCUGCACAGCACAUGCAGAGUCACAUGGAGUGUAUCUCAGUCGGUUACCCUUGAAAUUAAAUGAGUUCAUUCACCUCCAAUAUCGCAGGCUCUGCGAUGUGACUAUCGCAUACACGUAUAUCGCGAUGAUGAUGUUCAAACGAUAUAUCGUGCAGGCCUAGUUUGAGGCCAGCGUUCACACCAACCAAAAAGAACCGCACCAAGGGGGUAAACGGUCCAGGGUUCAGUUCAACUGGACCAAACAAGGCUGGUGUGAGCGCGACCUGAGUGUGUUUUUCUGUUUCAGUGCAUCAAUGUGUCGCCUUUAAGUCGCUGAAAUUUCUCUCUUGAAAGAAAAAGAUCGGCUGUUUUAAGAGUCGUCUUUGUUCUCUCACCAGAUCGUCCUCCAACUCUUCCUCCAGCAUCCUUCAGUCGCUGCCUCGCUACAGUCGAUACUUGGCGUUGUUGGACCUGGAUCAGAGGACGCUGCACAGCCCGUCAUACUCCGGGUCUCUCAUCAGCAGACUGGCCAACCCCGACACGGGCAUCAGCCGGGGGAUCACCUACCUGCUGCAUCUGGAGAGCUGCCUGACCGCGCUGACCAACCAGGCUCUGCUCUACACGUUCAGUCCCGCCGCGAGACAAAAGGCGAACGCCGUAGAGAGGAGGAGCAGCGCCGAGAAGGAGAGUUCACCCGCAACACAAGGACCGUGUAGCAGUGAGAGCGAUUUGAAGGUGAUACACUUCCUGUCUGACCUACUCAGUCAGCACCACGCAGGACGUGGACCACCGGUUCUGAGGUUCUCCUUUAGCUCAGUGCACCUCCACAGAAACACAAACACAACAUAAAUAUUGAUCUAUGAACUAUUUAUAAAGAUGCUCUAUUCUGAUACUUUAAUGCACUGAUUUCUCUCUAACUUGAUCUGCGACUGUGAAGAUGCACGUCUACUUUUCUUCUGUUGUGUUGAGUGUGUGAACUUUAGGGGAAUUGAUCGAUGGAUUAUUGAUGCACUUGUUUCUCCCUGACAUGCUGACAGCUUCCACUGGACAUUUAAUGAAGUAUGCUGGUUUUAAAUUAAACAUCUGUAUAUUAGAGUAUUGAGCCUAUUAUCAUGAACACUGUAUCAUUAAAGCAGCUGAGACAAGAUGAGAUUUAUGUUCAACCAGAACAUGAUGUUGUUACUUCAGGUUUUGUGCAGCUUUAUGGACUAGUAGUUAUUACCUUAAAUAUAUAUAUAUAUGCAUAAUAGCUCUAUAUCUGCAGGCUGACUGAGCUGAUGCUGUUUCUACAAGAUUAUAUCGAAGGUCUGUUCAUUUCACUGACAAAUUAAAAACAAAAAGUAGUCCUCACACUUUUGAAAUAAACUGUUUUAACAAA